CUUUGCCUCGUCGCCUCCUCUGCAAAAAAAUUCCAAAAAAAAAGAGAAAAAAAUCGAAAAACCCCUCGAAAAACGGCGAAACGGGUGGAGAGAGUGGAGGAGAGAAAGAGGGAGCUCAAAAGAUGAGGCCUUCGAAGAAGAAAUCGAAGAAGAAGAAGCCCUCGCCGGCGGCGGCGGCCGGCGCGGCGGCGCCGACGACCCCUCCGGCGGCGGCGGAUGGGGGAGCGGGGGGCGAGUCGUGCUCGCCGCGGUCGGAAACCCUAACCCUAGCUGCUGCGGCGGCGGCGGCGGCGGUGGCGUCGGAGACGGAGUCGAGCAGCAGCUGCGAGGCGUCCACGUGCUCGUCGUCGUCGUCGGCUUUCAACCCCGGGUCGUCGGGGGCGGCCUCGACCUCCUCCCUCUCCGCCUUCUCGUCGUCGGCCUCCACCGCGUCGUCGUCGGCCGCCGGCGACGAGCGGCGCGACAUGGCGUGGCUGCUGGACGCCUUCGGCACCGCCACGAUCGACCAGGUGGACUCCGCCUACCGCGAGGCCGGCGGCGACGCCUUCCUCGCGGCCGGCAUCCUUGGCUCCUCGCCCGAAACGCAGCCCUCCCCGCCACCCCGGCCCCCGGAUCUCUCGCCGCGGGCCGGAUCUGGUGGCAGGAAGGCCAGCAGGAGGCCGAAGAAGGUAGCCGUGGCUGCGACCGGGAUGGUUGCGGACGUGAUCGGUAAGGCGUACACGCGACCUGCCACUUCGCCCGUAAACAAAACGAACGCGUGGAAGGGCAACGCUUGGAAGGACGGAAGUGGUGGCGACCGCAAGUAUAGUGUUGAAGAGGCCGAGCAGUUCCUGUGCUCUAUGCUGGGGGAUAAUUCGGAGCUUGGCAUGGGUGUGGUCAGAGACGUGCUCGGUCAAUAUGGAUGCGAUGUUGAGAAGGCUCUGGAUGCAUUACUUGAUAUCUCGGGUAUGUCUUCCCUUCAAAACAUGGAAAGGUGUUUCCCGAAUGCUCAAAUAAAUGGCAUGAGCUCUCCAAACAUCUUCCUAGGAAAUGGACUGUCUGAGGAAGUGUCAACUGCAGGCAUUGAAAAAAGUUCAUACCAGUUUACAGAUGAAAUGCGAAACAUGUCAUAUAAUCGUUCCGAUAAUGAGCACGGAUUCUUUUGGGGCGAGCUUCAGAGAAGCUACUUGAAGGUUGCAUGUGAGGAGCCCCACUCAACAACAUCAUCUACAAGAUCAACAAGCUCGAUAUCUAAGACACCACAACAAGUGCUCGAUUCACUGUUCAAAAUACCUGAACAACGCACAUAUGAACCAAGUUCCAUGGACUGGAAGAAGGUAGUUAAGAGGCUGCAGUCAUUCAAUUCUCCCAUCACAUCGAACAAUCAAGAAAAACCAAAAAAUGGGAAUGGGUAUCAAGAAUUUCGUACUGUCGCUGGAAGGCAUUAUGAUACAAUGAAAACAUAUUAUCAGAAAGCUGCCAUGGCAUAUUCCAAAGGAGAAAAAUCUUAUGCCUCCUAUCUCGCAGAGGAGGGGAAGCAUUACCGUGAAUUAGCUCGCAUGGAAGAUGAGAGAGCUAGCAGGGAAAUAUUUGAAGCCAGAAAUAAGCAUAUAACGAAUACAGUGACUAUUGACCUGCAUGGGCAACAUGUUAAACAAGCCAUGAGGCUUCUCAAGGUUCACAUGAUGAUUUGUGUGUGCAUGCCAACCACCUUUCUUAGAGUAAUUACUGGUUGUGGUGUAGAAGGCACAGGGAAGGGAAAAAUAAAGCGCGCGGUUGCCGAGCUUGUGGAGAAGGAAGGCGUUGAGUGGCAUGAGGAAAAUGCCGGGACCAUAGUACUAAGGCUUGGUGGCCCAAGGGAGUAUCGUUUCCUUGAGCAUGACAGUGACUCUGAUUGAGCCUUGGGUGUCUGUUUUGAGGAGACUUUACAUAGAUUAACGGCCGUUCUAAUCUAUGUAUCUCCUGUAUCUAUCUGUAUUUACAUGUGUUGUAAUUAUGGAUAGGUGACCUAGGUCGUCCUCUGAUGUAGGGCUGUAGUUUCUGACAUACAGGCUCUGGAAUAGCAAGGAGUAGAGAACAGGUGCUGUCUGAUGUAAUGAUCGUUGUAGGCUCUGAUGUAAUGAUCAUUGUAGGCUGCUAACCUUGUAAUGAACUCUAGCUAUGUACCUGUCUAAUUGUUUUGAUGUGAUGCUCAAGAUAACUUAUGUCUUGAAUGUCAACAUUGCAACAUUCAGACAAUUGAUCUACUAAAGGAACUAUCAGAAACAAAAUUAGCUGUGAAA